AUGACAGUUUUAUCAAGAGAUGAGGUACUUAAAUGUAUAGAAUCAGGUGAAAUAUCAAUUAGUCCAUUUGAUCCAGAUGCACUUGGUGGUGCCACAUUGGAUCUAACAUUGUCAAAUGAAUUUAGAGUGUUUUCAAAAGAAUCUGAAACCAUUCUUGUCACUGAUGAAACCAACUAUAGAGAUUAUACCAAACAUUUUGUACUAGGCGAAGGAGAGACUUUCAUUUUAGAGCCAAGAUCAUUGGUUUUGGCCAUCACCAAAGAGACCAUCUCGCUCUCUCCCAACUAUUGUGGUCUACUAGAAGGCAGAUCUCGUUUUGCAAGAAUGGGACUCUUUGUUCACUUGUCUACAGGUUUCAUGCAACCAUCCAUCUCUAGUCGACAGGUUCUCGAAAUAUUCAAUGCAUCCAACAAUCGUUUGGAACUAAAACCUGGAUCUAAAAUGUGUCAAUUUAUUUUUAUGAAAAUGGAAGGACAAGCUUCUUAUACUGAAUAUGCAAGCAAAGUUGUUUUCAAUAAGGGUUUAUGA